CACAAUCCUGUUCGGCUGUGGCUUCACUGCCUUCACGUUAGAGAUCAGCUGAGCUCCAGCAUCGCUGCAGUGAGAGCACGGUGUGCCAGCAGCGGCUGCUCGGCUCGGUGAUCGGAGCAGCUCGGGGCCGCUCGGGAAGCUCUCUGGUCCGGCUUUGCCAACAUUCUAAACCCGCUGAUCGACUGGAGACUGGAUCUUAUUUAAGAAAGCUGCAAGAAUGUGACUCUUUUUAUGUCUCCGUUUUUUAUUUUUUUACCCCCCGACUCUGCUGCUGAUCGAGUACACGAUUUGAUCACAUUUUUUUUUUUUUUUUGUAUUAUUAUUUCGCUCAUCAUCAUCUGUCCCCUCAGUGCGGAAAACACCUGGACUGGUCUCUCUCAGGGUAAAACCGUGCUGGUUCAGGAGGAGAUCCAGGUUUUUAACCGGGACUGGGCAAUAAUAUGUCCAGGCGAAAACAGACCAACCCCUUCAAAGUUGACUGUAGGUAUUCCAGGGCCAUUCCACACUUCAGGCAUCACAGGACUUCAGCACACUAUUAACAUGGAUGGCAGGGACGAAUUCACCGAAGACAGUGAAUGCUGCAGCAACAACUCCCAGGAAGUACAAGAGCAGGAUAGCAUCUCAGAAGACAGCGAUAGUGACCUUGACAACCACGGUGAAGACUCGUCCUCCAACACCUCCGCCGACGACCACAUGACCACCAAGAGAUCGCAGUGCCGCCUACAAGGAGCGGGAGUCAAAGAGAGCGAGGAAGGGGCGGACCACGGCCACAACUUUAUUUGUCCUCUCUGCACGCUGGAUUUCAGCAGUCCCGAGAAGCUCAUCUCCCAUGUCUACCAGCACACGACUAUGAUGAGCAACAGCAAGAGCUACGUGUGCCCAGUGUGUGGGCGAGCCCUGAGUUCGCCUGGCUCACUUGGACGACAUCUUCUCAUCCACUCCGAGGACCGCCUCUCCAACUGCGCUGUCUGUGGCGCGCGCUUCACAGACACCAACAACUUUAACAGGGAGAAGCUUAAAGAUGUCCUCGACACAACCAGGUUGGAUGUUAGCGAUGGAAGGGACUCCUGCUCCAUGUCCCUCUCCAGCAGCCCCAUGACCAGCCCGGGCCACGGCGCCUGCUCCUGCCACGGACCGGGCCCCAGUCCCAGUUCAUGCCAGGGCCCUCACGCCUGUCAAGUACCUGACCCCAACCCCAACCUAUGUCAAGUCCAUCGUACCUGCCAGGGACCAGGCCACAUCCCGAGCCAGUGUCAAGGCCCCAGACAGUGUCACGGCCAAGGACAUGGACAUGGACCGUGCGCAGGCUCUGACCAGGGACCCUCCUAUCCCUCGCUGCCCGACGGCCUCCUCUCCGAAGGGCCAUCACUGGCGUCUAUCCCCGACGCUCUUAACUCCUCUUCCCCGGGCUUCCCUCCCAUCGGCGACAUCCUGAGCCCGAUGCCGGUGUAUCCCGCCGGAGUGCUGCUGGUGUGCAACAGCUGCGUGGCCUACCAGCAGCUAGUGGAGGCCCAGUCGCCGCUGCGAAAGUGGGCUCUGCGUAGGAAGAACGAACCGUUGGAGGCCCGCAUGCAGCGUCUGGAGCGCGAGCGCACAGCGAAGAAGAACAAGCGGGCGUGCGAGACGGAAGACGAGAGGGAAAUAAGGAGGCUGCGGGACCGCGAGGCCAAGCGCAUGCAGAGGAUGCAGGAGUCGGAGGAUCAGCGGGCGCGCAGGCUGCAGAGAGACAGGGAGGCCAUGCGUAUGAAGAGGGCCAACGAGACGCCGGACAAGAGGCAGGCCAGGCUGAUCCGCGAGAGGGAGGCGAAGAGGAUCAAGCGGCGGCUGGAGAAGAUCGACCCCGCCCUGAGGACACAGAUAGAGCACGAUCCCGCUGCCAUGGCUGCCCUCACAGCGGACAUGAGUCUCUUUCAGUUCCCCUGCCCUAUGCCGGUCCCUUCCAUUGAUAACGGUCUGUUCAUGAAGCUGCCCUGAUGGGAUCGGUCCACUAGGGGGGGGGGGGAGCAACUGGCCUCUAGCAGGCACCAUUAACCUCUGCACUCCGCCGUGGUCACAGUGAACCAUUCCCAGCUGGUUUACCUCCAGCUUCUUCUGUGUUCGAACAGCUCCACAGACAAACUGCUUUGUUAAAUACAGCAAAAAACUACUUCAAUUUCUAAUUUAUUACAGUUUAGAAAACCUUGGCGACAGGGUUGAGAAUGUUUCAUAUUGUAUGGAUGAUGACAUAAACGCAUGUUGUAAAGAGAUUUUAUCUGUUCGUCAGCAGAUUUAACACAGUUCAUUCUAGUAGGAGCAGUUAUACUUCCUUUGAGGAAAAACAAAUCUUUUUGCACAUGGACCUUCAGUGACAGGAGCGGGGACUUUGUAGCCACAGCCCCACCCCUCUCCCUUGUUCCCUCCCUUCUGGUCCACUCCGCCAGCCCAGUGACUCGGGUUUACUGGUAGCUACACCUCUCUCUUCAAGCUGCCACCGUGGGUCCCUGGGAAAGUUCAUAUUCAGUCAAACUCUACUACCUCAGCUGGCGCCGUGGUCGCGCCCUUCUGUCUCGUGGCUUACUCGCGUUCCAACUCCCAAGCUUCCAAAGCUCUACGUGUACUGUACAAUAACUACAGAGGAUUGCGGGUUGCUUUACCACAGUUUUGUGUUUAUCACUCCGGCACUUUUAAUAGGACACAAACAUUCCCAGGAGAUUUACAAACUGCACCAUGCAUUUCCCAGAUUUGAUUAUAAUGUUUCAAAACAGAUUAUGAAUGUUUUGUCCUAUUGAACCACGCCCAGUGUUGAGCAGCAUUCCUCCCCCUCCUCACCUCCUGCGUUGUACAACUUGAUGCAUUCGCCUCUUUACAUUCUUCUUUGCCAAUAUUUGAAUCUGUUUUUCUUCUUUCUACAUCGUUACACUCCAAUGCCAAUGUCAUUUCUUUUUUUCUUUUCUUUUUUUACUAUCUGUUACAGAGCUUUUCUUUGGCUCAUAAGAAAUCCAGUCUGUGCUGCUGUACAAUACAUUAGUUACCUCUUUUAUAUUUUGGGCUCAUCACAUUAAGGAAUAUUGUGCUAAAAAUGCUCCGUUAAGUUUUCACAAUGAAACAGUUCCUUAUAUGAUAUUUUACUUGAAUUCUGCCCACUAAGACGCGUUUUGUUUUCCUCUUGAUGAGUCAAUUACAACAUGAAAAUGUGUUAUUAUUGUUUAGAGGAUCAUAUACACAGAUAAUGCAUCCUCUGCGAGCAAUUUGUGUAGCAUUCACAAGCUGCAGUACCUUCAGUAUAUAUGUGACCUGUACCACUUAAAUUGGGGUUUAACGUAAAUCCCGUCAGCAGAAUUGAUGAAAGCUAUUUAUUGAUUUAUAUGAACUCCUUUUAAACUGUUUUAUUUUUUAAUCCCCAUCCGUUACUGAGCACUGGGGCUGAUCUCAUGACACAUACAGCCCAUACUGGGAGAGAGAUUUUAUUAAUCUAUAUUCAUUAACCUCAUUCCAGCACAUAUUUAUGCAAUAUGAUGUGAAUAUAUUUUUCUCGUGAAAAUGUUUUGGGUUAUUUUGUUUACCGUCGGUGGUAUAAAAUAGUUUAAAUGUUUAAAUUAGAGGCCAUUUCUGGACUUCCCUUGUUUUAAUUUCCUGUAAGGUUACCUCCUCUCGACUUCAUAUCUCCAGAUGCAAAACAUUUUACAGUGUCAAUAAGCAGUUUCUGAAGUAUUCUUCAAAGAAUACCAGAGACGAGGACAAGUACUGGUUCUGUUUGAGUCACUCCUAGACGAGAGUCAACCUACCUGGCUGUUUUAUUACAGCAAAUUUAACAAAAGGGGGGAAAUAAAUAGGGAUUUAUUUUGUUUCAUUCUCAGAGGCUUUUCUAGGAGUGCAUCAAACCUCUAUGCAACAGAUGUGUUAUUUAUUCCAAUUCACUUUUCACUGAAACUAUGCAGAAUGCAACUUUAAUUUAAAACGGACUUCAACGUAAAGAGUUUAGCUUCUCAGGCAAUUUUAACUCAGUGAGAGGGCUCAGAGCCUAGAAACAACACCCUGGUCCAUAAGAAUCAUUUAUAGAUCUAUCACAUGACGUCAUAGCAACAGUUUUUGGCAGUUGUGUGACUUUUCUAGAGACACUUUGUCUUCGGAGAUCUGUUUUCUCUUCCUGGUUCAGCACAUGAAAGCAACAGGGUCUCACUGCCAUCCUACUCAUGACAUACUGUACCAAGGGCAGAUGGGUGUUCUCCACAGAGGCUUCAGGUGUCAUGUAUUCCUCUCUUCUCUCAGACUAUGAAUACUGGGUAUUCUCGGAGGUUGCUCUUUGAAAUUGCUGUGAUCCCCUUUUUUGUCCUACAGUGGACCAAUGCGACAGAAGCCUGCUUGCGGCGUCUGUGGUCUGACAUACUAUUGCAAAAGGAAUUACUCUGAACUCUGAGGCGAUGCUGGUCUUUUACGAGCAGCACUCUCAGUGUGGAUUAGGUAAGCACUGCAUGUCGUGAAACUGCACUUGUCCUAGAAUGGUUCAAUAUGAGCUUGUGUUCUACUGUUAGUUUAUGCCUGCCUGUUUUUUACAGUUUAAUCAAAAGAAAAAAAUGUUGUUUAAAAAAAAAUACUAAAAAAAAAACGUUGGCCUUUCUGUAUUAAUUCUAUCAGGAUUUUUCUCUCAAUGUCCAUGUUUACAAAACAGAUCUCUCUGAACAAGGCCAAAUGAAUGAGCUAAACUGCUAAAUGAGAACAUUCAUGCUUGCUGCGAUAUCAAUGCAUUCUGACUGGAUGGCACUUUGGGGAUGCCAUCCUCUGUUACUGGAUUAACAGAUGUACAGACCGUGAUGAAACCUGGUAAAGAAUGUGGAAAUAAACAUUGACUUUACUAUAA